AUGAGCGACUCUUUUCGGCCAGGAGAAGCAGGAGGCUUCCUCAAUCCCACCCUCCCAUCUCCAGCUCCCUCUACAGCCACAAAUGCCACUACUGCAACACCAUCACAUCUCCCCCGUCAACGGAUGCAUCCACUAAAGCCCGGUGGAGUGAAAGAGUCAUCCUUAAUCAAUUAUGUGGACGGCAAGAUAUUGCGGAUUAAUCGUCGGCAUGCGAAGAAAUUUAGCGGUGUGAUUGAUGAUCAGAAUGAUGUUGAUGACAAGGAUAAGGAUGAAGAGCAGGCUAAAGGAUAUGAGAGUUUUAAAGAGGUUGUCAAGGAUAUUGAAGAAGUUAUUGAUGUUGUUUGGGUUAGUGGGACACCAUCUAUACAAAUACCCUACCUCAUAUCCCUAGCAGGAUUGGUAAACACCUAUCUCCCUGAAUAUCCUCAUUUCCAACCGAAGCCGACGUUCCGUCUUCUCAAAAAGUUGGACAUCAUGUUCGCGAGCCUUCUGCUUGGCGAAGACGUCGAAUCUGGUGUCCCCCUCAGUGGAUUUGAGUAUACAAAGAAUAUUGUUAGUAUGACCGAGAAAGUGAGAAUCAAAAGCAUUGCAGAAGCGAGUAGAAUCGUCGUCGUGGAUAUGAGGGAGAGAGAUGUUGAGUAUCAAGAUGAUAUUGGUGAUGAAAGCGAAAACGAGUGGGAAGAUGGAAUGGAUAUAGACGAAAGUGAUUUUGAGACUAGCCAUGCCGGGCUAUGGGAAAUGGAGGCUGCGAAGGUUUAUGAGAGGACGAUUCAGUAUUUGGGAGAUGAACUGGGGAAGGGAGGUGAACUUGUAGUUUGA